AUGGCAACUCCGAUAAGUCCUACUGCACCAGUCGGCGGUGCUGGUCUUCCGAGGCAGGUUGGCGUUGCGGCGCUUCCCUCGGACGACUUUGGAGUGCGUUUCAGGGACAGCAACGUCGGUAUGUUGAACUAUGUAGAUGGACGGUUCAACGACAUGAGCGCGCAAAUCGUCACCCUCGAUGGCCAAUUGAGGUCAGCUAUCGAUCAGUCCGAAGUGCGCAUGCGGAACGCAUUGCGGGACGCAAUCAAGGAAUCAGAGCUACGAAUAGUUACAGCUCUGUCCACACAGAUUGAGCAACUCAGGCAGGAGAUGCGGAGAUCCUCUUCAGCCGGUUCCGCCCACAGCUCCCUUGUUUUUACUCAGAGUAGUCCUCGAGAGUCACCAGUUGCACACCCCUCAACUUCUCUACCGUCUCCUGCAUCACGCUCAACCUCCGUUCCUAACGUCGCGUUAACCAACGUGGAGUCACUCACCCCCGAUAAUGUCGGCCAACGCAUCAUGGACGAGGGGGAAAGAAUAAAGGGCUAUGGAAACUUUGUUAGAACAUUGACUGGAAGAUUCAAGUCGUCAGCGUCGUUGCGGUCCCAAGCUCGUCGCGGGACCUAG